AUGAGUGCUGCACUUGAAAUGGAGACGGAGGUGAUCUCUUCAUCAGCCUCCUCCUCGCCUGGGAUGGUUGAGCCGACCAGCGACUCGCGCGGCGCCGGCACCGGUGCGGGGGACCGCUCGCCAGAGCUGUCGCUGAACACGACAACCACCAACGCGAGCUUCCCGGCCGGACCGAACAACCUCAACGUCAACAAGGUCAGUGGCGUGCGAGCUAGCAUGACUGACAAGCUACACGGCGGAAGUCCAGUCAAUUACGGUGGCAACGGUGUAACAGCUCGAUUCGCGGACCCAAAAGACGAGAACGGAUUCGGCGUUUUCAGCCGCCGCCCGACCGGCACCAGUGCUGCCGCGGCGGGAUCUUCACAACAACAACCGAGCCCUAUACCUACCUUUGCGCCACACGCCGGCAACGGCGGCGGGGUCAGCAGCGGACACGUGACGCGCAGUACGGCAAAUGCGAGCGGUGCCAGCAAUACGCACCCAGCGGUGGUGGAAUUUUCCAAGAGCCUCUCCGAGAAGCAUCUUAAGUGCACUUUGUGUGGCAAGGUCGCGUUAGAUCUCGUGCUCAUCGCGACACAGGUGUCGAUGGCGUGCCGACGUUGUGCGCUAGCCGUGCCAGGGACCCACAUCACAGAGCUGCCACGCCCGCUGAGAGAGGUGAUGCGAGUGAUCAAGGCUGCAGCCGGAAUGCCUGAACCAACCGACGACUUCGUUGGCGACCGCCGUAUUCUGCGCGCGAAGAGACCAGGUCAAGUCAGCGCCACGCAGCCAAACAGCAACGCAUCGGGUGUGAAAGAGGAAGCGGAGUCUGUCGCUUCACCCAGCUCGCUGGCUGCUGCUGCGGCGGCGGCGUCAGUGCAGACAGUCUUAGUAGAGUUGAUGGAUGCCGAGACGGCCGAGCGCCACCAAAUCAGUGCAACGGAGUCUUCCAGCCGCGCUGAGAUUAUGGCGCGCAAGAGCGCUGGUAGCGCUGUACGAACCUCCUCGGCGACGACUGCAGGGACACCUAACGGCACCACGAGCCGGCAGUACAAACUGGAGGCAGAUCGAAAGUACGAGAACGCGGAAUACAUCGCUGCGUUAGAGCUGUACACCAAGGCGAUCAAGAUGCAGCCGACCGAUCAUCAGUCGAACGUCAAGUUCCUCUACGGAAACCGUAGUGCUGCCCACUACAUGGCGCAACGAUACAACGAAUGCAUUGAGGACUGCCUUGAGGUUGUACGUCUGGAUCCGAGCAGCGUGAAAAUGCUGUCACGCGCCGCUCGCUCUGCGUGCACCAUGGGAGAUCUGAAACGUGCUGUGGAGAUCAUGGAAAGCACGCCGAAGGAUCGCAUGACUGGCGACAUGGAGGCGGAGCUUGCCCGAUACCGAAGUGGCCUCGAGGCGUACCGCCACGCCGAGCGCUGCUUCGGCACCUCGGAAGGCGACGAGCAGUACCGGAUGCUGGUUGCUCAGUUCAGUGAUACCGUGCCGUUCCGUGUUCGGAGUGCUGAGUCGCUGCGCGAGCAACGCCAAUACAUGCGCGCCGUAGAGGUGCUGGAGGCACUCUCGUACUCCACGCGCACCCCGGCCGCGUGCCGCAUCAUGAGCGAGUGCCUCUACCUCUCCGGCUUUGAGUACUUUGAGCGAGCGCGGAAAUGUGUCGUGGACGCGGCCCAGCUGGACGACGCCUGCAACGAGCUUCUGAAGAAGAUUGAUGCUGUUGACGACGGCAAGCAGAAGGGCAACGCAAACUUCAACAAGAAGAGUUACGGCCCGGCGGCCGAGUACUACACGAUCGCCAUCCAGGCCGCAGCUGACAAUGAUCAAGUGCUGCGCGUGCUCUACUGCAACCGAGCUGCCGCGUUCAAGGAGUUGGGCCGCUACCGGGAGGGCGUCGAGGACUGCACCAAGACGUUGCUGAUUGACAAGGAGUUCUACAAGGCGUAUGCACGCCGUGCGCGCUGCCACGAGCACCUUGGCGAUCACUUUGCCGCAGUGCGGGACUUCAAGAAGGCGAUGGAGUACGACAGCACCGACCGCGAGCUGGCCCGGGAGCUGAGAGCAGCCGAGCAGAACCUGGCCAAGGAGGCGGAGAGGGAAAAGGACUAUUAUUUUCAAUUAGGCGUCUCUCGCACCGCCACCGAGCGGGAGAUCAAGCUCAAGUACCGCGAGCUCUCGCUGCGGUGGCACCCGGACAAGUGCAUUGGCCUGGACGAGGUUGAGCGCGAGCGGGCGGAGCAUAAGUUCAAGAUUAUCAGUGAAGCGCACGCCACCUUGGUAGACAGCGUCAAGAGGCGUGAGUACGACACAAAGCUAGAUCGUGAGCGUUUCUCCCGCCCUGGUGGGUUCAGUUUUUCUGCCACAUACAGUGGAAGCGGCUCGAACGACUACUACCGCGGUCGUCACCGCGCCGGUGGCAACGGCUUUUGGUAG